CCUGGCUUGCUCCAGGGCAUCACUCCUCACCUGGUGGAUAAUGUUGGCAAAAGGGAGAAGCUAUUGCUGAGAUGGGUUCGAGAGCUAUGGCCUUUACUGCUCCGUGGAUAUACCACCAUUCAGUCUUUCCUCCCAUCCCUGAUCCCACUGUGCUCCAAUGGAUGGCAUCUGAAGUUAAGAUAUUUGCCUCUUAUCAAAAUGUUAUUACUACAACUACCAGGGAGAAGGUAGUUCUUUAGGGGUUUCUUUGGUAGAAGGGGUUAUUGUAAAUAAACUAGCCUGGAGUUGGGGAAAGGGCGGAGGGGAGAGAGAGGGAGAGAGAGAGAGGAGACUCAGCAUCAGGUGUAAAGGAGGGACAUCUCUAAAAGAGAGAUACAGGAGCAAGAUGGGAGCCAAGCUCUGACCGCUACCUGGGAUUUCUGCACGGGCCGAGAGGGAGGUCCCAAUCUACAGGGAUUUACUCAAAACUCUUACUUCCCUCAAACCCGACCUCAUCACCACCUCCCUACCUGCACCGGCACUAAGUGACAAGGAUCAGGCCAGUUUAGUAGGACUAUCUCCUGCCACCGCCCUCCUCCCACCCAUUACCGCCCCCUCCUCACCAGCAGGCGGGCUUUGGCCAAUCAACAAGGCGGUCCGGGAGGCGGAGCCUUGCUAUUGGCUGAUCCUGCAGCGCUCCAGGAGUCCCGCCUUCUUUAGCUCAGCCCGCGUCUGGCUGGGAAGGCGCCGACCUCGCGGGAGAGACUGUUCUAAGACUGCCAAAGGGGUCGCCAUGGCCUGCAGCCCAGGCAGUGAGGCUUCCUUGGAGGGGAUUUCCCUGGGCUCCUCUGAAGAAGCAGAGCUCCGCAGGGAAGCUAUGCAGCAAGUCUUGGACAACCUGGGAUCCCUGCCCAAUGCCACUGGGGCUGCGGAACUGGACCUGAUCUUCCUUCGAGGGAUAAUGGAAAGUCCGAUAGUCAGAUCCCUGGCCAAGGCCCACGAGCGGCUGGAGGAGACCAAGCUGGAGGCCGUUCGGGAUAACAACCUGGAGCUGGUGCAGGAGAUCCUUCGGGACCUGGCAGAGCUGGCAGAGCAGAGUAGCACGGCUGCGGAGCUGGCACGCAUCCUCCAAGAGCCUCACUUCCAGUCCCUCCUGGAGACACAUGACUCAGUGGCCUCAAAGACCUAUGAGACACCACCCCCCAGUCCAGGUCUAGAUCCCACGUUUAGCAACCAGCCGGUACCUCCUGAUGCUGUGCGCAUGGUGGGCAUUCGAAAGACCGCAGGAGAACAUCUGGGUGUGACAUUCCGAGUGGAGGGUGGUGAGCUGGUGAUUGCCCGAAUUCUGCACGGGGGCAUGGUGGCGCAGCAAGGUCUGCUGCAUGUUGGUGACAUCAUCAAGGAAGUGAAUGGGCAGCCAGUGGGCAGCGAUCCCCGGGCACUGCAGGAACUCCUACGCAGCGCCAGUGGUAGCGUCAUCCUCAAGAUCCUGCCCAGUUACCAGGAACCCCACCUGCCCCGACAGGUGUUUGUUAAAUGCCACUUCGAUUACGACCCUGCCCGGGACAGUCUCAUCCCCUGCAAGGAAGCAGGCCUGCGCUUCAACGCCGGAGACUUGCUCCAGAUUGUAAACCAAGAUGAUGCCAAUUGGUGGCAGGCAUGCCAUGUCGAAGGGGGCAGCGCAGGACUCAUCCCCAGCCAGUUGUUGGAGGAGAAGCGGAAAGCAUUUGUCAAACGGGACCUGGAACUGACCCCGACCUCAGGGACCCUGUGCGGCAGCCUUUCAGGAAAGAAAAAGAAGCGAAUGAUGUAUUUGACCACCAAGAAUGCAGAGUUUGACCGCCAUGAGCUGCUUAUCUAUGAGGAGGUGGCCCGCAUGCCCCCAUUCCGUAGGAAAACCCUGGUGCUGAUUGGCGCGCAGGGUGUGGGCCGGCGAAGCCUGAAAAACAAGCUCAUUCUGUGGGAUCCAGACCGCUACGGCACCACAGUGCCCUACACAUCCCGGAGGCCCAAGGACUCAGAACGGGAGGGGCAGGGCUACAGCUUUGUGUCUCGUGGGGAGAUGGAGGCUGACAUCCGCGCCGGGCGCUACUUGGAGCAUGGCGAGUAUGAGGGCAACCUGUACGGCACGCGGAUCGACUCCAUCCGGGGCGUUGUUGCCUCGGGCAAGGUGUGCGUGCUGGAUGUCAACCCUCAGGCGGUGAAGGUCCUGAGGACAGCUGAGUUUGUCCCUUACGUGGUGUUCAUCGAGGCUCCUGACUUUGAGACUCUGCGGGCCAUGAACCGAGCUGCCCUGGAGAGCGGAGUGUCCACUAAGCAGCUGACGGAGGCGGAUCUGAGGCGGACAGUGGAGGAGAGCAGCCGCAUCCAGAGAGGCUAUGGGCAUUACUUCGACCUCAGCCUGGUCAACAGCAACCUGGAGAGGACCUUCCGCGAGCUCCAGACUGCCAUGGAGAAGCUUCGCACGGAGCCCCAGUGGGUGCCUGUGAGCUGGGUGUACUGAGUCUUGCUCUGGACCUUGUUACUGCCUGGUCGGGAAUCCAACUUUCACUCGGCCUGUGAUACUCCCCCACCCUGCUAAUGGUCUUCAUCCUCCCAUCUCCGGUUUUCCCUGGACCACAGUUCCCAGCAGGGGCUGGCUUCAGAUAUAGAGGUGUGCACUGCCAGGGAGGUAGGUGUUCAUGGGGUACCUCUGUACCCAGGUGCUGCCCACUCCCCACGUCUACUGGCCACCAGACAUCCCUUUCUGAGGAUCAUGCUGUGUCCGGGAGCAUCACAGAUCACUCCUGUAAAUCUCAGUCCAGGGAAGAGCAGAGCCGCUAGGGGCCUUGUGGUCAGUAGGUCUGUGACCCUGCUAGCUUUUUCUCCUCUCUGGACUGGCCACUGCCAUCCUGUUCGCUGGCCCCCUCCCAUCCCUUACUAUAGUCUAAGGAACAGCCUUGGGCUGUCCUCAUACGGCCAGCUACUCAGACCACUGGUAGUAGGCAGACCCAAGUAAUGGUGCCAGUCUGGGCCAUUUUAGAGGCUGGGGACACCCCGUCACGAGCCGUUGCUGCAGCUGGUGACGCAGGCCUCAGCUCCCUGAGGAGUAAACAUAGUCUGGUCCCUCCCUUACUCCAAGCUUCUCACUGCCAGUCUCUCCACAGACUUUCUCAAUGUGUCCCUCUUUUGUAAGCCCUGCUCCUCAGACUUGCAGCUGGCUUAGCCCAGGUUGGGAAUAAGGCCUAGAAAGCUGAACCCUCUAUUGUUGGGACCAAAAGUCUUCCAGCCCACAGCCCACAGCAGGGUACAUUCAUGUCAGGCUUUUCUGGAUGGAUCUGGGUGACCCGCUGGCAUUAGGGCUUAGGAUGGGAGACAGUGAGUGAGGGCUUGGAAACAGAUUAGCUUUAUGUGUGUGUGUGUGUGUGUGUAUGUGUUGCACACGUGUAUGCACACGUUUGGUUUAGUUUGAGGGGGGGCAGAGGAUUGCCUUCUCUUGGAGAUAGCUCUCUGAGGUCCCCUUAUGGGUUCCCCUCAACUCCGACAUUUCUUACAAUCCCCCGUUCCAGACUCCAGACCCCGGAUCGCCCUCAACUCUUCCAUUUCCCUGUAUCCUAAGUACCAGCCUUUAGUCCUCGGGGAGGGUGAUUUUGUAAAAUAGGAUAAUCCUAAGAACCCCACCCAUGACAUCUGGAGACAUUUCAUUCCUCAUUCUCAAGGGGUCCCAUAUCCUCACAGGAGACCCCCCCGGCAUUUCUGCCCUGUGCCUCCCAGUUCUCCUAAGCGUCAGUCUUUGCUGCACUGUCAGCUCAAGCUUGUCCCUGAAUCACUGUGUGCCCAUUUCCUAGAGAAGGGGAGGGGGGGAGAAUAGACAGAAUAUUUAUUACAAAUGCUAGACAUAUAUUUAUUAUAUCAGCUAUCUCAUUUGCACUGGCAUCAGAUGUGCAGGUGGGACUAGAGGUGGGCCCACCCACUGCUCAUUUGCAUAGCUCUGCUAUCGCCUAUCUGUACUUUUCCUUUGGUCAAUCAAUGUCCUUUCCUUUAGUUCAGUAUCUUGCUGUGACCCCUGACCCUUACUUAGCUGCAGGGGACUGCCCUCCUUGACAGCUCCUUCCUCCCCUGGAGGAUGAGCUCAGGGUCAGAGAAGCGUCUGUGACAGCCCCUGACCACCCCCUUGAUUAACCCACAAAGCCCCCCAACCAAAAGACCAUGGCCUUUGAUCGAGAUCUGGCGGGCACCGUGCUGGAGAGUUGGUACCAGUUCCUCCCUCUGAAGAUCCAGUGUGGUAUCCAAUCCCCAUAUCCUCCUCUCUAGUAAUGUGCCAGGGCCCCUCCUCUCUCAGCAGCCUCCUACCUCUCUCUCUCCCACUGAGCCUGGCUCUACAACCCAUCCAAGCACUGGCCAGGAGGGAACAGAGGUUGUGGGCCUCCUCAGCUCACCUGGCACAGGGCUGGGUUAGAACAUGUUCGUGCCCACCAUGCUAGCUCUGUGACUCCGUCCUCCCUCCCUCCCACCAUGGCCUCUUGUAUUUGGGGACCUCAGGAGAAGGAGGACCCUGCCCCCUCCAUGGUCCACACUCAGUCCCUCUGCUCCCCUCCAUCACCACCAGCCCCAUCUACUUUCUUAAAUCUUCUUUCUUUUCCUUUGAUUAAACGUGACAGCAAGUG